CUUUUUCUUUCCUUGUCCCCUCGUUUUCUUUCCAUUUCAUCCUUUUAUCUGUAGAGAGCUUAAGGAGUUCCCUGACCUCUGCAAAAGAUGGCCAUGAUUGCGGAUGCCUUCGUCUCCAAAUUGUGUGAGAUUCUAUUAACCUCUGCAAUAGAAGAGGCUACCAAGAUCUUGGGUGUGCCCGGCGAAAUCAAGAAGCUCCAUAGGAGGCUGAAGAGGAUACAGGUUGGUCUGAUUGAUGCUGAAAAUAGACGCUUCGACAAUGAUGCCAUCAACCUUUGGCUGAAGGAGCUGCGAGAUCUCAUGUACGAUGCAGAAGAUAUCAUCGACGAAUGCGGGAUGGAGGGCGAGAAGCUGCUUAGCUCAACCUCAUCCUGAUCUCAUUUUGUUAAGUCGGUAUGUUAUCGCUUCCCUCGCAUCUCUUGCUUGCGCAAAGUUAGAUUCCAUCAUGAGAUUGGCAAUAGUAUUAGAGAUCUCAAUCGUAGGCUUGAUGAACUUGCCAAGGACAAAGCUGAUCUCAAUCUUACACCCGCUCCUCGUCACGACCGCUAUGGAAGUACUAGAAUAAGCCGCAAGACAUCUCCUGCCGUGGAACCUGAUCUGGUGGGAGAGAAAAUUGAGGCUGAUACGAAGUUGGUGCACUUGUUGAUAAAGGAAUAUAAGAAAAAAAUCCCAGUCUUUGCUAUUGUUGGCAUGGGUGGGAUAGGCAAAACCACUCUUGCUCAGAAGAUUUACCAUGAUGAAAACCUUCGGGACAACUUCAACCAGAUGCCACGGAUUUGGUUGUGCGUGUCCCAAGAUUUUUCCGAGUCCGGAUUACUGAGAUCCAUCAUAGAGCAAGCUGGAGGUAAUCCUAGAGAGGCUAAGGAGAAGGAAGUGCUUGAACAAAUGCUUAUCCAACUCAUCGCGAACAAAAAGUUCUUCUUAGUAUUGGAUGAUGUUUGGGAUGCACGAGUAUGGCAUACGGUACUGAGAAAACCCUUGCACAGUGGUUUGGCAGACAGUAGAGUUCUGAUAACGACUAGAAAUAUAGACACUGCUAAACAAAUGGGUGCAGUAUACAGUCAUAGGGUGGAGAAAUUGUCUCGAGAAGAUGGUUGGUCAUUAAUUUGCAAGAUGGUGUUCGAGGAAGGGGAUGAACAAGAUAUGCAUUUCUUAAGUGAUACAGGGAUGAAAAUUGUGGAGAAAUGUGAUGGUCUUCCACUUGCUCUUAGGACCGUCGGAGGGGUUCUUCAAACCAAGGCGAAGAGGCAAUCGGAAUGGGUAAAGGUCCUUUGUAGCUCAGCAUGGUCUCUUACGAAGCAUCCAAAUGAGGAGAUGGCCCCGUUGUACCUAAGCUAUCUGGAUUUACCGCCUCCUCUCAAGCAGUGCUUCACUUACUUUUCAUUAUUUCCUGAGGACUCCCUAGUUCCUAUACAUUAUUUUGUCGAUGGUUGUAUUGCCGAGGGCUUUGUAACUUCCGAAGGCAAUACGCCCAUGGAAGACGUGGUGGAAGGGUAUUGGAAGCAGUUGGUGCAAAGGAACCUUGUACAGCCAGAUCCUACAGCGUAUGAUGAAUCAGCUUGUAGGAUGCAUGACCUGUUGCGAUCUCUAGCACAGCAUAUAGCACAGGAUGAGUGCUUCGUCGGAGAUGCACAAGCCCUUGAAAGAAAGAUCGAGGCGUCAUCAUCAUCAUCGAUAAAACUACGCCGUUUAUCAAUCGUCGAUGAAGAAUUAGAAACCAUACCUGACUCGAUAAUGGAACAGACAUCCUUGAGGACCUUGUUAUUCUUCCGCACCCCACUUAUUGAUGAUCUUCCAGAGGAUCUCUUCGGAAAGCUGAGGAGUUUGAGGGUUCUAGACUUAAGUGAAACAACCAUUAACAAUCUACCGACUUCCUUGGGAGAUCUCGUGUAAUAACCCAGAUAAAUAAAAAAAAAAA